CUCUUCGUCAUCGUCUUCGUCUUCUUCCUCCGAUUCUGUUGCAGAGACGACCAGGAAGGAGGAGGAGGAGGAGGAGAAGACGACCGCAACCUCAUCGCCGGUCGCCGGUCGACGGAGAUCCGGCGAUCGCCUUCGCCCCCUGCGUCUCCGAUCCGUCGAUCGCGAGGGAAACCGAAGCGGACGAACCGCCGGGACAGAAGCCGAGCGCGACGAUGAGCCAAGACGACAAAAGCCGGGGCUUGAUUGGCUCGGGCGCGGGCGGCGGCGGCGGCGGCGGCGACCAGCAGAGCCCGAACUACUACGGAACGUUCCAAGGUGUCGCGAACUACUACAACCCUCCUCCUCCUCCGCCUCCGCAGCAGCAGCUCCCUCCGCCGGUGAUCGGGUUCCCCCAGCCGGCUCCUCCUCCGGGCUCCGCCGGCAGUCCCCGGUACUAUGCUUACGGUUAUCAAACCGUCGCAGGUUAUGCAAUUGUGGAGGGAACACCGGUUAUAGAGCGGCGUUUGCCUUGCUGCGGUAUUGGUAUCGGCUGGUUCUUGUUCUUGAUUGGUUUCUUUCUCGGUGGAAUCCCCUGGUACAUUGGGACUUUUCUCCUUAUUUGUUGUUGCCCAGAUCGGCGAGAAAAGCCCGGAUAUGUUGCUUGUGCAAUAGCUUUUCACCAGUACCAGGUUGUGGGUAGAGCCCUGCCCACCGAGGCAGAUGAUCACCCGAAGAUCUAUCGCAUGAAGCUGUGGGCCACCAAUGAGGUCCGCGCCAAGUCCAAGUUCUGGUAUUUCCUGAGGAAGCUGAAGAAGGUCAAGAAGAGCAAUGGCCAGGUGCUCGCCAUCAACGAGAUUUUUGAGAAGAACCCAACGAAGAUCAAUAACUAUGGGAUAUGGCUCCGUUACCAAAGCCGAACUGGAUACCACAACAUGUACAAGGAAUACAGAGAUACCACUCUGAAUGGGGCUGUGGAGCAGAUGUAUAACGAGAUGGCAUCUCGCCACAGAGUCAGGUUCCCAUGUAUCCAGAUCAUUAAGACAGCCACUGUUCCGGCGAAGCUUUGCAAGAGGGAGAGCACCAAGCAAUUCCACAACUCGAAGAUCAAGUUCCCGCUGGUAUUCAAGAAGGUUAGACCCCCAACCAGGAAGCUGAAAACCACCUACAAGGCAUCAAGGCCCAAUUUGUUUAUGUAAGACUGGCAUUUGUUGAUCUGAGUUAUAGGGUCAAUAGUUUUUGGUAAAAACUCAGCAGCCUCUCAUUUUUCUCCGUUUUUGUGUCUGAGAAGUUUGUCAUUUAUCCUAGGACAUCGAGCUCUUUGGAAUUUAUCCUUGUUUUCUUCUAUACUUUUGGUGAUCAAUGACUUGUGGCGAUGUUGGCUUUUUGCAUGUUAA